AUGAUGACGCCCGCGGCCAUGACCGUGGGCUUGGUGCUGGCCCCCUGCGGCUUGCUCUUGUGUCUGGUCAGCACGUUGACCCCCGGCUGGCGGCAGGCGACAGGUUUCCUGGAUAGGCCAGUGAACUUUUUGCUGACCCAGGGGCUGUGGGACAUUUGUUCGGAGCAGAGCAGCCAAGACAGCCAGUGCGGGCUGCCUGACGAGCUGGGCUACUACGAGGCUGAACCCGUGCGCGCAGCCCGAGCACUGACAGUCACCGGGCUGGCCACCACGGCCGUGGGGCUGCUGCUGGCCACGCUGGGGGUGCGCUGCUGGCGCACAAAGCCUUGCGCCUGGCUAGCAGGGGUCUCGGGCCUGGUCCUCUUCGCCGCGGGCCUCCUGGAACUCAUCCCCGUGUCUUGGUACACCCAUGUCCUGCAGAAUCGCACUGUGCUGCCCGCACAGCCCAGCCCGGUCCAGCUGCGGGUUGGCUAUAGCGUGGUGCUUGGCUUCCUGGGCAGUUGCCUGCUGCUGAUUGGGGGCUUCUCCCUGGCGCUCAGCUUAGCCCAGGUGUGUGUAGAGCGCUGCUGCGCGGAGCGCCCUAAGGCGUACCCCAAUCCUCGGCGCAGCAGUCUUAACGAGGUGCGAAUUCAAUGGCCCGAAGCUCCCUCCAUUUCAGGGAUCUUAUCCCAGCAAAGCCAGAGCCGGCUUCAGCCCCGGAGCGGCCCCAAGCCCCGGGUGGGCUUCAGGAUGCCUCGGCCAGCAGCCUACACAAACCCAGAGGAUGUACUGAAGGGGGAGCAAAGCAGCAGCCGGCACCUGAGCUCCAGCACCACGUUGCCCUGUGACUCAGACUUGUAGCCUCCCUCGGCUUGGAUACCUGGUCCUGGCUCUGCUCCAUCAGUGCCUUCUCCCCACUUUGGGAGAAGGUCUCAGACUGC